AUGCCUAUGGAAGAGCCUGACUCGAGUAUACCUUACGUAAAGAUCCAGAAGUUUCUUAUGAACUGCUGUGGGAUAUGGCCCUACAAUUCAAGACUCGUCAACUGCUUGAUCUACAGCUUCUUUGUAGUGUUCUCAUUCACCACGAUGACACCUUUGAGCUUGGGACUCAACGAAGAGGCUAAUAACGACAUCGUCACGUACUUCGAGACCUUGGUCGCUGUUGUGGCAAUAUUCGGUGGCUUUGCCCAAAUCACUAUGCUGGGCAUAAGGAAUCACCUGCUGAAGUGCCUGUACAGAAAAAUUUCAACAGACUGGCGAACGCUGAAGGACGCAAGGGAGACCGAAAUACUCUCGGCAUUCUCGAUCGAGGGAAGGUCCUUGACGUUUCUAUUCAUGCUUAUAACCAUCAGCUCCUACGUAUUCUAUCUUCUAUUGACUUACAUACCCCUCAUCAAUGACGAAGUCGCCUCGUCGGACUAUUCAGAGAUUUUUCCAUACUACUCGAAUGACUGGAUCAUUAGCGACCGCAUGCGUCAUCUGCAGGUUAUCUUGCAUGGCUGUUUUGGUAUAUUUUAUGGCGGUGCAGCCUACAUUAUUGUUAUGGCCUUGUACAUAUGCAGCUUUAAACACAUUUGCGGGAUGUAUGCUAUCGUAGGUUAUAGAUUGAAAAGAUUGGUAACUUCGUGCAAAUUAACCUCGUCGGGAGAGUUGAGAGACGACGACGCAGUAAGUAAACUGUACGCCAUAAUCGAUCAGCACGAGGAAGCUAUCAAAGGAGUUCGCCUACUUGUGCGAUUAUUCAGCAGAUUCUUCUUCAUAAUUGAACUGUUCCUUCUCAUUUGUCUGGCUUUUCUCAUAUUUGUGCUUCAGUACGACAUUCGCAGCAGCAAGGUCAUUGUCAGGAUAUUCCUGGCUUCCAUCAUACUUGUGACCCACGUGUUCUUCAUGAAUUACGGCGGUGAGCAGAUCAUCCACUAUUCCAGUAAAAUCCAUACAACCACGCACUUUAUGCAGUGGUACCUGUUGUCGGUAAAAUGUAGGAGAAUUUUGCUGAUGGUAAUCCAGAGAAGCUGUCAGUCCGAGCAACUUAGCGCGGGGAUAAUGACUCUUUCUUUGGAGAACUUCACAUCGAUCAUCAGGGCUUCCUGGUCCAUGGGCACCGUACUCAUGAGCGCACACCGGAAGGAGUAA